AUGGCAAUUGUCUGUCAUAACGAUGAGGUAAUGAAAAUCGAAAAUUGCAUUCUUAGCGAUAACGAGAAAGAAGAGAGAACAUUGCUAGACGAAAAUAAUCCAAUGAAUUGGUCUCGAGAAAAAAAACGAAUAAUUUUGAUUUUGGUUGCAUUUGCCGGGAUAAUUGCGCCUCUUUCUAGCACGAUCCUUUAUCCAACACUAAAUAUAAUUCAAGAAGACUUGAAUAUUCCUCAAAUACUUGCAAAUUCAUUAGUCGGCGUAUUUAUCUUGGUUCUCGGAAUUGCACCACUUGGAUGGGCAUCAUUUUCCGAUACGCGAGGCACCCGACGAGCCGUUUAUUUAUUCUCAUUCUUAAUCUUUCUUGUUGCCUCUGCAAUUUGUGCUUUAUCGUAUAACAUUUGGUUAUUGUUAAUGAUGCGAGCCUUACAAGCAUGCGGUGCUUCAGCUGUUCAUAGUAUCGGAGCAGGAACUAUAAGCGAUAUUUAUCCAUCUUUAGAACGAGGCGCGUCUUUUGGCCUAUUUUAUGUCGGCCCGCUAAUUGGAACAGUAACUGGUCCUGUAAUUGGCGGUUAUUUAGGAGAAAAAUUUGGAUGGAGAUCAACAUUCUGGUUUUUAUUGGUAUUAGGAGGCAUAAUUAUUCUUGCGAUUUUCUUUUUUCUCCCGGAGACAUUCUAUCAGCAAAAUGUUCCAUCAGCUACACCAUCAACGGACCAAAAAGGGAGAAAACGAUUUAACCCACUCGGACCACUAUAUCUUCUUAAAUACCCACACUUGCAAAUAGUAGUAUUCUAUGUCAGUAUUCUCUAUGCAAAUUUGUACACCCAAUAUAUUUUAGUUUCGACGACUUUUCCAUCUCUUUAUAAUCUUUCAACAAGCGCAAUCGGUUGGAUAAUUUUUCCAAAUUGUAUUGGCUACUUAAUUGGCUCGAUUUUCGGUGGUCGGUACUCGGACUACAUAUUACUUAAGGGGAAAAAAUGUCACGACGGAAAGUAUAUACCGGAAUUUCGACUUCAAAGUGUUUGGUUUGGUGCAAUUAUUUUCUCGUUUUCUACUUUGACGUUUGGGUGGUUAGUAGAGUUUAGGUCGCCGUUAAUAUGGCCGCUAGUAACAAUGUUUUUCGUUGGCCUUGGAACUAUGCUCGUCUUUUCUUCAACAUCGAGUUACGUGGUCGAUACGUUUCCAUCCUUAAGCGCUUCAGCAAUCGCCACCAAUAAUUGUAUGCGCUAUUUGGCAGCAGCAGCAAUGUCUGUUCUUGCUGUACCCAUGCAUCAAGCUUUGUGCAUUGGUUGGAUAUUUACCAUCCUUGGCUUUCUUUCUGUAAUUGGGGGGUUACUUUUGAUAUUGGUAUAUGCUCGAGGUCCAAAGUGGCGUGAACAAGCUUUGGUGAAUCAAAGCAUUAGUGAAAAAAUCCGAUUUGAAAGAUGUUACGAUAGGAAUGGGAAAUUACAAGAACCUCUAUAUCCAAGACCCUACGAUAGUAUCCUUCCGCCGUACACCAAACAUUCCGGGUCUGAAUCAACUUUUAACAGGUUUAAAGUAGCAGACCUGAGGCGGUUUAUGC